AUGGACCGCAUCUCCAAGUACCUUAGCCGUGUGUUUGGGAUGCACCCAAAGGAGACGGCCCGACAGCUCAGUCUGGCGGUGAAGGACGGCCUGGUGGUGGAGACCCUCACUGUGGGCUGUAAGGGCUCCAAGGCGGGCAUCGAGCAGGAGGGCUACUGGCUUCCUGGAGACGAGAUGGAUCCAAAAGCAGAGGGCAGUCAGAUCCUUAAGCCUGAGGAUCCACCAGUGCCCUGUCCUCCCGGCUCGACGGGGGGUCACUCGAGCUCUGUGUGUCUUGUGCAGGACUGGGAGACGGAGAGCCACGACUGGUACUGCUUUGAGUGUCACCUCCCUGGGGACGUUCUGAGCUGCGACAACUGCUUCCGGGUUUACCACAUCAAGUGUCUGUCGGACGAGUGCCGGCCGCGGGACCCCGGCUCGCACUGGCAGUGUACCAUCUGCAGGGGAAGUAAAAAGAAGAUUCUCAACAAACAGGAGAUGUGCAAAUACCUGCGUUUUAUCAUCCAGCGAAUGAAAGAACGGGCGGUGGACCUACACAAGAAGGGCAAGGACACCAAACAUCCCAUGUACAGAAGACUCAUCCACACGCCGCUCGACGUAGUCAACAUUCAAGAGAGUUUGUCGGAAGGAAAUUAUAAAAAUUUCGACGAGUUCAAAGCAGACGCUCGGCUCAUCGUUCACAACACGGCCAUCUUAUACGGCGUUCACAGCGACCAGGCGGAAAUUGCACGGCUUCUCUACAGCGACACAUGCCACGAGCUGAACGAGUUAUUAUUGUGUAAAAACUGUUUCUACCUUUCGAACGCGCGGCCCGACAACUGGUUCUGUUACCCAUGUAGUCCCAGUCAUGACCUGGUAUGGGCGAAGAUGAAGGGCUUUGGGUACUGGCCGGCCAAAGUGCUGCAGCGAGACGACAACCAGGCCGACGUGCGCUUCUUUGGACACCAGCACCAGAGGGCGUGGAUCCCGGCGGACAACAUCCAGGACAUCAAAGUGAGCGUGCAGCAGCUGCAGGUGAAGCGCAGCACCAGCUGGAAGAAGGCGUGCGAGGAGCUGGAGCUUUACCAGCGCUUCCUACGAGAGGGACGACUGUGGAAGACCAAGAUGGACGAGGCGGGGAGCCAGCAGCCCGCCGCACGCUCCAGCCACCACCACCACAACCACCAACAGCAGCAGCAGCAGAAAGAGCAGAAGGAGCAGCAGGAGGAGGAGAGAGGAGCACGAGCCGAGGAGCCAGAGUCCAGCAUCACCUCCACCAGCAACGAACAGGUCCGCCAUCUCAAAAGCCACGAGCCCAAAGCCAAGAAAAGCCGUCGAACUCAGUCUGUCGAAGCCAAAGAAGAAUCCAGUGAGCCGGAGCCGGAGAUGGAGGCGGUGAGCUCCAGUCAGGAGGUCCCCGUGUCCUCGGGGCCUCAGCCAGAGAAGCUGUCCGUGUCCACGCAGACCAAGAAGGGCAGCGGGGGCUCGGCGCGGACCCUGCACCGCGGCACGCAGACCAGCAGCGACGGCGCCUGCCAGAACAUGUGCCACGAGAAGUACACCAAGGUCUUCAACGACGUCAAGGAGAUGAUGAAGGCCGACAACAAGCGAGAGACCGAGAGAGUGGUGCGGGAGGCGCUGGAGAAGCUGCGAGCGGAGAUGGAGGAGGAGAAGCGGCAGGCGGUCAGUAAAGCUCUGAGCGGAGUCCAGGCCGAGAUGGAGCGAAAGUGCAAACAGGUGAAAGACAAGAGCAAAGAGGAGCUGGUGGAGGAGGUGAAGAAACUGGUGUCGCAGCACAAACAGCUCAUCUCCCAAACCAAGAAGAAGCAGUGGUGCUACAACUGUGAGGAGGAGGCCAUGUACCACUGCUGCUGGAACACGUCCUACUGCUCCAUCAAGUGUCAGCAGGAGCACUGGCACGCCGACCACAAGCGCACCUGUCGACGGAAGAGAUGA